AGGACGGCAACUUUGUUUUUGGGAAUGGCCAGCCCAGGUCCCAUGACACGCAUUUUCUACAGUCACCAAGGUCUGCACGAAUAUAGCCAAUUGUCCGACGUAGUUGUCGGUUGGCUCCUUAUUGUAAAUCUACUACUUGAUGUAAUCGGAAUACAUACAUAAGCACUCUGAGGGACAAACAUUGGUCGGUCACUAGGCCCACACUGCGGCCGUCAUUCAUAGACAAGGACUCGGACUUAUUGCUGACUGAGUUUAUUAUGGGCCUGACCCAGUCUGCCCCAAAGAUCACUGCACAAGACCGUGCAGUCCUCGAUCUUAAACUGCAACGUGACAAGUUGAAACAAUACCAGAGAAAGAUCCAAGUAAUCCUUGACCGGGAGUAUGAAAUUGCGAAGUCCUACCUCGCCGCGGGUGACAGGGACCGCGCGGUCAUAGCUCUCAGAAGGCGGAAAUAUCAACAGAGCCUCCUUUUAAAGACCGACGGUCAACUCGAAAAUCUCGAGCAACUGGUAUCAACGAUCGAGUUUUCCUUGGUGGAAAUGUCUGUCCUACAUGGUUUAAAGCAAGGCAACGAAGUUCUCAAAGAAAUUCAUCGGGAGAUGAGUAUAGAGAGCGUUGAGAAACUCAUGGGGGAAACCCAGGAAGCUAGAGAAUACCAAUUGGAAAUCGGAAAUUUACUGGGUAACCAACUGUCGGUCGAUGACGAAGAAGCUGUACAAGAAGAGCUAAGGCAGUUGCAGGUUCAGAGCACGCAACCCGAAUUCCGCGUGAAGCUGCCUUCAGUACCAGCUGAGCAGCCCGUUGCCAUCGAGAUACAGGACACGCAACCCAUGUUGUCCAGAGAAGCGAGGGAGCGAGUCCCAGUGCCAGGCUGACAUGAUUUCACUUCUCUACCAUUGCAAUGUAUUCGUCACUGUACGCUACACACUCAUGUAUUACAAUAAUCUAGGGACAUGCAUUUGUUGCACUCCACAAAUGCUACCAGUUGUCGAAGUUACCGAAACCAAUGCGCCUUUUCUUUUUACUCUCGUCGGCUGUCUCGCUGGAAAGGUCUUUUCGAGGUGUCAGCUCAUCGAGUUGCCUCUUAACCCCAAGGUAUCUUCCAACACCUCUCUCAGCAUCUCCAUUUGCAGCAUCUGAUUUUCCUGUCCCGACUCUGACGCCAAACCAAUUACUGUCAUCCCCCGGCUUCUUCACAACAGGCUUUGCUUCAUCCGCUCCAGACUCUACGCGUUUCGCUAGCUUCUUGGCAAGGCGUGCCUUAUAAUCGCUAAAAGGAUCUUGGUGUCUAAGUGAAAGAAGCCCGCGUCA